GUUGCAAAAUAAUUGAAUAAUACUUGGUGACAGGUAUAACUCUUAUUCAUAUUUACGAAAAAUUGUCUGUUCAGUUUCGUCAUAAGAUUAUUUUGAAACAUAUUCGAUAUCUAACGUGAUGCGGAUGUACAACCAGGUAAUUUGGGAGACCAGCUAUUUAAAGCUACGCGACAUAUUCACACAAAUAUAUUCAAUUACACUCGAUGGUUUUAAAUAACAGCUAAGCAAAAUCUUGCUGUGCGCGAAAGAAAGGAAGAGAUCGAGAAAUAGAUUUACAAGCAUUGUGUGAAUGUUUGCUCGGGAAGAGAUGAGAAAAGCUAAUGAAAUUUGGUGGUAAAUAUAGCCUCUUCAAGAUAUUUGUUUGGUUUCAUAUGGUGUUUUGUUAUUCUUUUUCCGAAUUCCCACUAUAUGUGCUCAAGUUUUAAGCUCGACGAUUACGGUCGUAUAGUUUCCGUUUUACGAUAUCGAACUUGUGCAUACUAUAUUCGAUCAACACCAUGGCUGCAACGAUAAUCGCUUUGGCAGUUUCUACACUGUAUAUUGUAUUUACAAGUCUCAUAGCUUACUGGAUGAGAAGAUAUACCAACUAUUAUAUACAGGAUCCGUUUGUAAGGUCCCUAUUUUUAGAAGGUAUUGCUACCGGUGAACUUUGCGGAGCAUGUUUCGAAUUAAUAAUAAUUGCGGAUAACUGGGGUGUUUCUAUGUACGGCGUAUAUUUAUUCGUACUGACGAUUUGGUGGUCUAUGAAUUGGGAAGACGCUACCGCUUGUCCCUACACGCACAUCGAAGACGUUGUCAAUGGAACGAAGUCAGUGCGCGAUGCUUUCCUUUUAAUAUGGGCCGAACUUGUCGGCGGUCUUGCCGUUUUUAGAUACGUUCAAUUACUUUGGGCACUCGAAAUUGUUUCGACGCACAAACACAAAGCAUUCGAAGAUUGUACUACCGAUCUACAAGUGCCUGUAAUAUUUGGAGCAUUUAUAGAAUGCGUGGCAACUUGUAUAUAUAGGGUGGUCUCACGUGGCUUGAGCGAGAUAAAUUCGAAGAUUAGUGUUAUUCUUGAUUCCUUCGUUGGAACAACUUUGGUUAUUGCAGCUUUCGAUUAUUCCGGCGGCUACUUCAAUCCCGCGCUGGCUACCUCCUUGAAAUACGGAUGUUUAGGAACUUCCUUUAUGGAGCACGUGAUAGUCUAUUGGGUGGGUGCGUGUGCGGGUUCCAUCGCCUCUUUACGAGUAUAUAGGCUACCGUUUGUUCAACGGUAUGUGGAACAAUAUAAAGAGAAAACGCUUUAAGUCACCGACAGUGAAACAUCGGGUCGUUGCACGAGUUUGUUGGUUUUCUGUUUGCCCGACUUUCCCGUUGUUUGUUUUAUCUUAUUCCCUGUUUUCUGUCUGAGUUACCGUUCUACGAAGUAACGUCUAAGUUUAUACAUACUUGUAUCGAGUCUCUCAGAUUGUUACAAUAUUUGCGCACAAACAAUUUCUCGAAAGCGGUCACCCUCCUCGCACGUUUACAAAGUAGGAACAUUUUUAGAUAUUGUAGGGUGAUGAUAGUGCUACGAUGAUUUGAAUUGAAAUUAGUGUAAAAUUAUCCAUAGCGAGCGAUGCGUGUAAUUAGCAUAAUGUAUCAUGACUGUAUAAUAAAAGUACAAAUAAAAGUUUUGCGAAUAAAUUGGAAAUAUUA